AUGAUAAGCAGAGGAGAGAAUGGCAAUCUGGAAGGCUUGAUGGUGCAGUUCUUGUUCCUGUGGUCAACUUCGUCGAGGUUGUUCAUGCCGGCCACCGGAUGCAGUUCACCAACAAGAUCGCCUCCGCAAGUUCCCUCCUCGACGGGUUUUACGCAGCCUGGAUUGCGGUUGCAGGUUCGAUUGCAACAGAUUGGGUCGGUGUUGGGCUCUGCAAUUUCCUAG